AUGUCGUCACGUCGCGACGCGAUGGGACCGCGCGCGUUCGCGCUCGCGCUCGCGCUCGUCGCGACCGCCGUCGUGGGCGCGCGCGCGAUCGCGCCGGCGACGCGCGUGGACGGAUUGCGACGAGCGAGCGUCGCGCGCGCGCUCGGCGGGGCGCGAGGAGAUUUUGAAAUCAACGACGACGUGGAGGACGCCGAGCGAUGGUUCGAUCAGACGCUCGAUCACUUCGAUCACGUCGAUCGCAGACGCUGGUCGCAGCGGUACUUUGUGAACGAAGGAUUCGUUGACAAGAUUGAGGCGUCGACGCCGGUGUUCGUGUGCGUGGGGGGGGAAGGGCCGGCGUUGACCGCGCGCGCGGUGCUCGACGGCGGAACGCACUGCGGGACGAUGAUCGACUUGGCGAAGAAGCACCGAGGGAUCGCGCUCGCGCUGGAACAUCGAUUUUACGGCGCGAGUCAACCCACGGGUGAUCUCUCGAGGGAGUCGCUGCGAUAUUUGACCUCGGCGCAGGCGCUGGAGGACGUCGUGGCGUUCGUGAAGUACGUCGCGGACGCGUACGGGUUACGGACGACGCCGUCGGACGACGGGAGGAACGGCUCGUAUAGUCGAGUGAUCGCGUUCGGGGGGAGUUAUCCGGGAAUGCUCGCCGCGUGGUCGCGGGUGAAGUAUCCGCACGCGAUUCACGCCGCGGUGGCGAGCUCGGCGCCGAUCCGAGCCGAGCUGGAUAUGCGCGGAUACUACGACGUCGUCGGGAAGGCGCUGCGCGAAAAAGACGUCGGUGGAAGCGAUGCGUGUUUCGAUGCCGUCUCCGAGACUUUCGAGUCUGAGUUGAACGAAGCGUUAAAGACGCCCGAGGGACGACGCGCGCUCGAGACGCGGUUCAACGUGUGCGGCGAUGCAGCGCUCGAUCAGUUUGGCGGUCGAGACGGAUUCGCCGACGUCUUGCGAGCGAUGUUUCCGGCGCAAAACAACGAUCCGUCGUGUGAGAUGGAAGACACGUCGUGCUUGAACAUCGCAAAGGCGUGCACGAUGAUGACGCGCGCGGAAACCGGGAAGAGGCUGGACGCGUUGGCGAGCGUCGUGAAAGUCGUCUUUGGAAGUUCGUGCGUCUCGCUCGACGGCGCCGCGUACAUGCGCGAGCUCAUGUCCGAGACACCGAAUCCGCUCGGUGAGGGCGAGCGUCAGUGGACGUGGCAGACGUGCACGGAGUUCGCGUUCUUUCAGACGUGCGAGAAAGAUUCGGGUUGUCCCUUUAAACUCGAUCCGCCGACAAUGCCGUUGUCGUCCUAUCAGUGGAUCUGCGCGCAAGUCUUCGGCGUGAGCGCUGAGCAAACGAAGAACGCGGUCGAGCGAUCGAACGCGCGCUACGGUGGAAUCACUCCGGGUGGGACGCGAAUUUUGUUCCCGUCUGGUUCGGUCGAUCCAUGGAUCGCGAACAGUUUCGUCUCGAACACGUUCUCGCCCAAAUGGGAGCCCGCGUUCGUCGUUCCCGGCGCCUCGCAUCACGCGUGGACGCACCCGCCCAAGGAUACCGAUUCCGCGGCCGUCGUCCAGGCGCGCGCGCGAAUCGAGAAACAAGUUGAAAAGUGGAUGAACCAAGGACCGAUGACGCUCGAUUCAGCGCGUGAUCGUCUUCGCGUUGGCCGCGUGUAA